GAAACUGAACUGUACGAAGGAGAGGAGAGCGCUGGUUUCGAAAAAGAAAAAAAAGAUAGUAAUGAAAGUAAAAGCUCUAGAAGAUUCCAAGUUUGUUUUCAAUAUAUUUUGCUAUGUGUUGAAAUUAAUUUUGUCUUUAAUUCGUUGUAUAAUAGGAUCGGCCACUAUUCGCUAAUUAUUAUAUUUUCAUUUAUAUGUGAAUAUAUUGGUGAAAUCAUUCCGAUGAGAGAGUUCUUAAAAUACCGCAGUUUUUUGCAUCAUCGUCGAAUGAAGAAUUACGCAGUGAAGUUAAGCUCGGAAUUUGUUGUUGAUGCCUCGUCAAGAGGAAAUAUAUCUCGAUUUAUCAACCAUUCAUGCAAACCGAACUGUGAAAUUCAGUCAAUUAAUGGAAUCCUUCGUAUUGGCAUAUUCGCACUACGUUCAAUAAAAAAAGAGGAAGAAUUAUCAUAUAGAUAUAGUUAUGAUUUUGAGUAUUUUUCAAAAUGCCUUUGUAAUUCAUCGAAAUGUUGUGGUUUUAUUGGCGAUUCGGCAAGUCUAACUGCGAAAGAAAUUGAAUUAAUUCGAAAAAAGAAAUUGUUACUUUUGCGAAAUUUGAGGUCAUGUGUUGGUAAUCACCAAACUCUUCCUAAACUGGGUAUUUUUUACACUUUUUUUAUUUAUUGUAUAUCUAUUUUUAUUGAAAUAUUAAAAUGUGUUGGUUCCUAUGACCCGGAUAUAAUUGAUUAUUCUAUUUGUGCUAAUGAAGAAUCUGACUGUGUUAGAUGUAUAUGUGGUACGCCAGAUGACGAUGGCCAAAUGGUACAGUGUGGUAAAUGCUAUUUUUGGUUACAUGGUGAAUGUAUUCCCAACUUCAAUUCAGAUGAAUAUAUUUGUGAAAUAUGUUCUCAACGACCACUGCGAACGCCAACUGUUGAAAUAUUAUUGCGAACUAAAUUAGAGCUUGAAUUGAAACGUUGCAUUUAUUAUCGAACAUUAGUUAAUAAUCGAAACAUACAAGUGCGAAUUAAUGAGGCUGUGUACGUACAACGGCCAGUAAACGAUAACCAUAAGACUGAAUUAAGAAUAUUGGAGGCAGCGAAAAAUAGCUAUACUGAUGAUAUAGAAUAUAGUUGUGUGCACACUUCCAAUCAGCCUCCUGCCUUUGACUCUAUCUUUCAAAAAGCUGCAUUUAACCGUAAAAAUCUGAUGUGUUUUCGCGUUGAAAGAUUACUGCUUACACCAAGUGGAAGUAAAUUGGUUUUUGGCUUCUAUUAUGCUCGUCCUCAUGAGGUUUAUUGCGAACCUAGCAAAAUGUUUCAUGAAAAAGAGGUUUUUUUGUUCGCCACUACAUUGUUUGAUACAUUGCCAUUGGAUUGUGUGGUAGGCCGAUGCUUAAUUCUUGACUCAACUAUGUAUUGUGCGGGUCGUCCUCGAGUACCACGUUAUCACGAAUCGGAUGUGUUCUUCUGUGAUACAGGUUAUAAUACCAAAAUUUCAAAAUUCGAAAAACUUCUACCAAAAUACCAUUAUACAAUAAGCACUGAUCCACUCAUAUUUGAGCGAUUCCCUGAAAAAUUACAGAUUGCACGAUCAUUUUCGAAUCAUUACUAUUCAAAAUUGGAAAGACUUGUAAUAAUGAAACGAUUGAAGUAUCAGAAUCUGCUGAGAAUCUAA